AUGGAAUUAAUACUGCCGGGAAGUGUCCACGGAAAUGAUACAAUUCGCGACUCCUUCAAAAUUGUCUUCACUCAGCAUGCCUACUUUCUAAUCAUAUAUAUUUUAUAUGGCAUUCCUAGUCUGGCUGUGACAUUGAAAAUUGUUCUACUUAUAUUCGAUCCUGAAUUCAAGAAAUUCUUUAGAACACCGUUUUUCGCCUUGUUUACCCACGACUGCAUCAUGAAUGCUAUGUUCUUCGUUUUGGACGUCAUUGCUGUGAGAGUUCCUCUCUCGGGUCUUAUUACCGGCUGGAUGACCACAUUACCUGUGGGCCCUUAUAUCACCGUGAUCUAUGUGGUGUCGUUUCACUCGCUCUACAUGACAUUUUAUUCCGCUGUUUUCUUAUCUCUAGCGAGAACUAUAAUAAUAUGCUCACCGAUGAAAGGCAACCAG